AAUGGCCUAUUUGUGAUUGUCUUAUUUCUUUCCAUUCUAAAGGUUUUCCAUUAGAAAAAGCUAUUAGGUAUGCUGAGCUGAGAAAUCCUCUAGUUAUUAAUCAUCUACCUACUCAAUUUGCUUUACAAGAUAGAAGACAAGUUUAUUCAAUUUUGGAGUCUGAAGGAAUUUUAAUUCCUAGAUAUGCUGUUUUAGAUAGAGAAUCACAGGAUCCUAAUUUGCAUGAGCUCAUUGAAUCAGAAGAUCAUGUUGAAAUAAAUGGAGUAGUGUUUAACAAACCAUUUGUCGAAAAACCAGUAUCAGCUGAGGAUCAUAAUAUUUAUAUUUACUAUCCCACUUCAGCAGGAGGAGGUAGUCAACGAUUAUUUCGAAAAAUAGGCAGUCGUAGUAGUGUGUAUUCACCUGAAUCUAGAGUUCGAAAGACCGGUUCCUUUAUUUAUGAAGAUUUUAUGCCAACUGAUGGUACUGAUGUUAAAGUUUAUACUGUAGGGCCUGAUUAUGCACAUGCAGAAGCUCGAAAGUCGCCAGCUUUAGAUGGUAAAGUUGAAAGAGACGCUGAAGGUAAAGAAAUUAGGUAUCCUAUUAUUCUUAGCAAUUCAGAAAAAAUGAUAUCUCGUAAAGUAUGUCUUGCAUUUAAGCAAACAGUUUGCGGUUUUGAUUUACUGCGAGCAAAUGGAAAGUCAUUCGUUUGUGAUGUUAAUGGUUUUAGUUUUGUAAAGAAUUCAAAUAAAUACUAUGACGAUUGUGCUAAAAUAUUAGGCAAUAUGAUUCUAAGAGAACUUGCGCCAACUCUUCACAUUCCAUGGUCAGUUCCUUUCCAGUUAGACGAUCCACCCAUAGUGCCAACAACUGUAGGUAAGAUGAUGGAGCUCCGAUGUGUAGUAGCUGUAAUCAGACACGGCGAU